AUGUCGUACAGCAAGCAGCCCUCAGAGUUCCAGCCCCGCAAGGUUGGCGCUCUGCACACCAACGACUUCAGAUGCUACAUUGAGGACAAGACUGGCACCCCAGUCUCACCGUUCCAUGACAUCCCUCUGUAUGCCAACGAGCAACAAACCGUCCUGAACAUGGUGGUUGAAAUUCCACGAUGGUCCAAUGCGAAGCUGGAGAUCUCGAAAGAUGAAUUCCUGAACCCUAUCAAGCAAGAUGUCAAGAAGGGCAAGCUGAGAUUUGUUCGCAACUGCUUCCCUCACAAGGGCUAUCUCUGGAACUACGGUGCUUUCCCAAGAACCUGGGAGGACCCCAAUGUCGUUCACCCAGAGACCAAGGCCAAGGGCGACAACGACCCGCUCGACGUCUGCGAAAUCGGUGAGCUUGUUGGCUACACUGGACAGAUCAAGCAAGUCAAGGUCCUGGGUGUCAUGGCACUCUUGGACGAGGAAGAGACCGACUGGAAGAUCAUUGUCAUUGAUGUCCACGACCCAUUGGCUCCCAAGCUCAACGACAUUGAAGACGUCGAGCGUCACCUCCCUGGCCUUCUCCGCGCCACCAACGAGUGGUUCCGUAUCUACAAGAUCCCAGACGGAAAGCCAGAGAACCAGUUUGCCUUCAGCGGUGAAUGCAAGAACAAGAAGUACGCCGAGGAGAUCAUCCGUGAGUGCAGCGACGCCUGGGAACGACUCGUUACUGGCAAGCAACAACGCGGAGACAUCAACCUGGCCAAUGUAUCUCUCCAAACCUCUCCAGACCGCGUCGACCCCAGCCAGCUUUCCAGCAGAAUCCCGCCUGGACAAGAUGUUCCUCCUGCGCCUAUCGACGGCAGUGUUGACAAGUGGUUCUUCAUCUCCGGUGCGGCUGUUUGA